CCUGGAGAAGCUGCAGUGUGGGGAUGCUCUGACCGAGUUCGGCCCCCAGCGUCUUUUCUUCUCCUCCUGCAGCGGCCGCAUCAGCAGUUAGCAGCAAGCAACUUGAGGCUGCACCCGGGGCAAACCCCCAGGGUUGUGCUCAGCUGAUAGGGGGGCUCAGCGCCCCGAAGGGGUGUGUGCAGGGUGGGGGCGGCCAGCUGGGACCAGCUGGUGGCCCUGAAAAACCUCCUACACACCCACACCCACACACCCCUUUUGUGUUGCAGGCUGUCCCUCUGAGAGCAGAGGAAGCAAGAGUACCUCGCACCGGUCCCCAGCGAGAAAGCAGAGGGGACAAGAUCAGCACCACCUCGCGGUCCUCGCACCAGGAAACCAAAAGCCAGUGUGAGCUUGAAGAGCCAACGCCUACAUUCGGACUGGAAGACUGCACUCACCUCUGGCUUCAUCUCUGAAAGUUUCACUGGAGCAGUCUGAUUGAGACUGAAAAGAAAGAAACAGAUUCUGAACAAAACAAACAAAAACAAACACAAAUACUCCAGAAUUCCCCAGCAGAACAUUUCAACUGAACCAAAAAUGGUGAGUGAGAGUCAUCAUGAGGCCCUGGCUGCCCCACCAGUCACCACUGUUGCAACUGUUGUCCCACAUAAUGCCACAGAGCCAGCCAGUCCUGGGGAAGGAAAGGAAGAUGCCUUUUCUAAGUUGAAGGAGAAGUUUAUGAACGAACUGCAUAAAAUUCCAUUGCCAUCGUGGGCCUUAAUUGCCAUAGCCAUAGUUGCGGUCCUUUUAGUCCUGACCUGCUGCUUUUGUAUCUGUAAGAAAUGUUUGUUCAAAAAGAAAAACAAGAAGAAGGGAAAGGAAAAGGGAGGAAAGAAUGCCAUUAACAUGAAAGAUGUGAAAGACUUAGGGAAGACCAUGAAAGAUCAGGCCCUUAAGGAUGAUGAUGCUGAAACUGGAUUGACUGAUGGGGAAGAAAAAGAAGAACCCAAAGAAGAGGAGAAACUGGGAAAGCUCCAAUAUUCACUGGAUUAUGAUUUCCAGAAUAACCAGCUGUUGGUAGGGAUCAUCCAGGCUGCUGAGUUGCCCGCCCUGGACAUGGGUGGCACAUCCGAUCCUUACGUCAAAGUGUUCCUGCUGCCUGAUAAAAAGAAGAAAUUUGAGACAAAAGUCCACCGGAAAACUCUCAAUCCCGUCUUCAAUGAACAAUUUACUUUCAAGGUGCCAUACUCGGAAUUAGGUGGCAAAACUCUAGUGAUGGCCGUAUAUGAUUUUGAUCGUUUCUCCAAGCAUGACAUCAUUGGAGAGUUCAAAGUCCCUAUGAACACUGUGGAUUUUGGCCAUGUCACCGAGGAAUGGCGUGAUCUGCAGAGUGCUGAGAAGGAAGAGCAAGAGAAACUGGGUGACAUCUGCUUCUCCCUCCGCUAUGUCCCUACUGCCGGCAAGCUGACUGUUGUGAUUCUGGAGGCUAAGAACCUGAAGAAGAUGGAUGUGGGUGGCUUAUCUGAUCCUUACGUGAAGAUUCAUCUGAUGCAGAACGGCAAGAGGCUGAAGAAGAAGAAGACAACAAUCAAGAAGAACACACUGAACCCCUACUACAAUGAGUCCUUCAGCUUUGAGGUUCCUUUCGAGCAAAUCCAGAAAGUGCAAGUGGUGGUAACUGUUUUGGACUAUGACAAGAUAGGCAAGAAUGAUGCCAUCGGCAAAGUCUUUGUGGGCUACAACAGCACCGGCGCAGAGCUGCGACACUGGUCAGACAUGCUGGCCAACCCCCGGCGACCCAUCGCCCAGUGGCACACCCUACAAGUAGAGGAGGAGGUCGAUGCCAUGCUGGCCGUCAAGAAGUAAAGGGAAGAAGCCUUUCUGCAUCUGCCCACAUAGUGCUCUUUAGCCAGUAUCUGUAAAUACCUCAGUAAUAUGGGUCCUUUCAUUUUUCCAGCCAUGCAUUCCUAACACAAUUCAGUGGUACUUCAAAUCCUCUUUUAAUUUGCACAAAUGUAAGUGUAGAGAGUCCCUAUGCCCUCCAUCAUACCACUGCCCUCCAAAUCUACUCUUCUUUUAAGCAAUAUGAUGAUGUGUAGAUAGAGCAUGACUGAAAUUAUUUAUUGUAUCACACUGUUGUAUAUACCAGUAUGCUAAAGAUUUAUUUCUAGUUUGUGUAUUUGUAUGUUGUAAGCGUUUCCUAAUCUGUGUAUAUCUAGAUGUUUUUAAUAAGAUGUUCUAUUUUAAACUAUGUAAAUUGACUGAGAUAUAGGAGAACUGAUAAUAUAUUAUAUGGUAAAUAUAGUAUCGUCUGCAUUCCAGCAAAAAUUAUCAACUUGUAAGGCACUAGUACAGUUAAACUGACAUCUUAAAGGACAACUUAAACCUGAGCUUUCUAUUGAGUCAUUUGAGUACCAAAAUACACUCACACCACAUCCUUGGUGGGUGAAUCCAAUUUUGUAGAAUUCCUUUACAGGCACAUAGCAUGAUCUGAACAGCAUCCAGGCUGAUCUCAAGGAAGCAAAGCCACAAAGCAAAAUAGCCUCUAUAUGUUUUUGCAAAGCUGGAAUCACAGCUUCACCCUGACGUUAAGGAAACAGCUGAAUAGGAGUCAGUGAGUUCAUGCGACUGCAUCUAGAGUAGCUACACAGUGGUGUUCUCCGUGUGAGUGCGUGUGCAAGUGUGAAAGGAUGCAUGUGUGUGGAUGUAUGGUGCAUGCCUUUGUCUGGGGUUGGGGUGGGGGAGGAGAAGCUGAGAGAAGUCAGCAUUUCUGAAAUAUUGCCUGACUAUUUAAACAGAAAACAAUAGCUCUCCGUUAUCACAUUUAUACAAAAUGUGCAACCUGUGAAUUCUGAUUUAGAUUUCACACCAAUAAUGAUUCCAGAAGGUUUGCACAUGAGACUUUGUAACAAAAUAUUUUAUUAUACAAAACCAGAUUAGAAGGAAUGCAGAAUAUUUUUAACAUAGCAAUCUGUGCUUAUUACACAAAAUUACUUUGUGGUAAACAGACAGUAUUGUAAUCCCAUCAAAAGAUGAAAAAUAAACAAUUAGCCAUAGCUCUGAAUGCACUUCAAUUAAGCCAAAACAAACAGCUAGUGAUCUUUUUAUAUGCUCUUUUUACUUAAAUAAGUUUUAAUUUGUCCUUUAAACAAAGGUGAAACAAAACUAAGAACAAGUUCUAGUAAACUGAAGCAACCUCUUAUGUACGCUAGAUGCUUGAUUUAGGAGUUUUUAAAUGUUUUCAAUGUUAUUCUGUAGUAAAUGGCACUAUUACAAAGCUACUAGUCAUUCCAUAAGAGUCUCAAGGACUGCUCUGUGUAACACUGUGACUGCCGUGUGUGCUUAGACACGUAGUUUCCUCAGUGGAUAGCACUCAACUUACUCCGUAGUGAUAUUGUAACAAUACUGCCAUUCCCUUCUGCUGCACUGCCCAAUGUGUGUGUGGCACAAACAGUUCUCAUUACUAAGGACCAAUUCAGAACUGAACAGCUAUGCAUAGGACAGAAAGAUACAUAGAGCUGGGGGUGGAGGGAACACAGCAUUUUGUCAACACUGUGCACUAGUCCACAUUUGUCCCGCUGUGGUAAACAGCCACUUGGGGAAGGGGAGCCUGCUUCCUAACACUGCUUCUAGUCCCUUCUCCCACUUGAUUCCAUGACCUGUUUUCACCUCCAGGCCACAGAGAAUAGUGAGGCUCUGAAGUGAGAGUCUGUCUUCACACAUACCAAAAAAAAAAAAAAAAAAAAAAAAAAAAAAGAAAAAAGGGA